ACCUAAAGAAAUUUAACUUCUCGAAAAAAAACGCGUAAAAAUGGCUGAGUUACAUUUUGUCUACAUCAGGCUCAUAUUGUGCGUCUACAUACUUCCCAGUUCAGCUGUAUCCGAUUUAAAAUUAGUGCAUGUUUUGUUCGCUCAUAAAUUGUACGCAUCGUGGGAAGACGCAAAAAUGAACGAGACUAACAUCCCAGAAACUUUAUCGUACGAAUCCUUCAUUUCUGCUUCGAUGAACAUACCAGUAACUGGAAAAUUCAACAUGUACAAUCUAGGGGUAUAUUUGCGCGAGACAUACGACGAAUUUUUAGGCAACGUAUAUAUGUCAGACAUUAUGAAGACACGUACGACAGAGCAUUCCUUGUCGAUCUUAUCGGCCCAGCUUGUUCAUGCUGGCUUGUGGCCUCCCACAAAAAAUCAGAUGUGGAAUGAAAAUUUAAAUUGGCAACCGAUACCAUUUGAAUACUUGGAACUAAAGGAGGACACAUUGAUGCUGGGUUUUCUGUGUCCAAAUUUUAUUUCACAAAUGAACCAGAUAUUGCAAACUAUUCAAACGCAAAAGAUGCUAGCACAACAUCAGUCUUUGUUCCAUCAUCUUUCUAAAUACACGGAGAGAAACAUUAGUACUCCAUCGGACGUCGCUCUUUUGUACGCUACUUUAGAAACAUUGGCGGAUCAAAAUUAUAUGUUGCCCAAUUGGGCAAUCAAUGUGUUUCCCGAUGGUACAAUGUACAACGUCACUUUAUUAGAAUAUGAUCUUCUUUCGACGACUCCUCUGCAGAAGCAGUUGAAUGGCGGAACCUUUUUAGAGGAAAUUAUCGGUAAUUCACUGAAGUAUAUAAUAGGAGAUAUAUCGAAAAAACAAAAAAUGAUGUUAUACAGCGGCAACGUAAGAAAUAUCGUCGGCGUUUUGAAGAAUCUUAAUCUCUGGUCGCCUCACAUUCCUAAUGAAGCGGCUGCAUUAAUAUUUGAAUUAUACUUUAAUAACGAUACAAAUACUUACGGAAUAAAGAUUAAUUACUACACGGGUAUAGAUGACAUGAUAAUCGUUUUGUCGCUACCUAAUUGCACAGAAAUAUGUCCACUAAACACUUUAAUAAACGCUACUAUCAAUUUAAUACCUCGGAAUUCACAAUCACUAUGUGGCUGGUUUACUGAGAACUUAACGGAAGAUCUAUCAGGAAAGAUGGACUCAUCGAAUUGUAAUGAAGCGAUUUCGUAUCAGACAAACAUGUAG